CUUGAUUUCGUUUCAUCAGAGCGGGCAGGUUGACGCUGCUGACGCCGCUCUUCCGCCAUCUUCAACUUCCUAUUGUUUGCAUCGGACGGAGGCUGGCUGGAUGUGCUGUGUGCGCGAGCCGAGGCAACCACUGACAUUUUCGGACCUCUCAGGACGCGACCACUAAACCUUGAUGAUGGAGGACGAACAACCCAGAACACUGUAUGUGGGGAAUUUGUCCAGGGAUGUAACCGAGCCCCUCAUUCUGCAGGUCUUCCAACAGAUAGGUCCCUGCAAAAGCUGUAAAAUGAUUUUUGAUACAACUGGAAAUGACCCGUACUGCUUUGUGGAGUUUUAUGACCACAGGCAUGCUGCUGCCUCAUUGGCAGCUAUGAAUGGAAGGAAAAUAAUGGGUAAGGAAGUCAAAGUCAAUUGGGCCACUACGCCAACAAGCCAGAAAAAAGACACAAGUAAUCACUUUCAUGUCUUUGUCGGAGACCUCAGUCCAGAAAUAUCUACUGAAGAUGUCAAAGCUGCCUUUGGACCCUUUGGCAGAAUAUCGGACGCACGUGUUGUGAAAGAUAUGGCUACAGGGAAAUCUAAAGGCUAUGGCUUUGUGUCUUUCUUCAACAAAUGGGAAGCGGAGAAUGCCAUUCAGCAGAUGGGGGGCCAGUGGUUAGGAGGCAGACAAAUCCGAACCAACUGGGCCACAAGAAAGCCCCCUGCACCAAAAACCACCUAUGAAACAGGUAACUCCAAGCACCUAUCUUUUGACGAUGUCGUGAACCAGUCCAGCCCCAGUAAUUGCACCGUGUACUGUGGUGGCGUCAGUACAGGACUGACAGAGCAACUAAUGAGACAGACCUUCUCUCCUUUUGGGCAAAUUAUGGAAAUCAGAGUUUUCCCCGAUAAAGGCUAUUCAUUUGUGAGGUUCAGCUCCCAUGAGUCAGCAGCCCACGCCAUUGUGUCUGUGAAUGGAACUGCAUUAGAGGGCCACAUAGUCAAGUGCUACUGGGGCAAAGAGAACCCAGACAUGAUGAACCCAGUGCAGCAAAUGCCUGUACCUCAGAACAAGAUUAGUUUCCCUGCUGCGCAACCCUACAACCAGUGGGGCCAGUGGUAUGGCAAUGGGCCUCAGAUCAACCAGUAUGUCCCAAAUGGGUGGCAGGUUCCCACCUAUGGUGUCUAUGGUCAGGCCUGGAACCAGCAGGGCUUCAAGUAAGUAGCAUGUCAUGCACAGGGCCCUCCUUCACCACCUACUUCUACUCCAGCGCCACCAAGAUUGUGGCAUCACAAGCCAAGUUAGGCUACUGGAGGGAAGCUGUGAACCUUCUCUCUUAUCUCUCUCAACUCCACAUCCACCUACUUUUCCAUCAGCCCUUCACCCUGACCAUCUUGACAAGAUGGACAAAAGUUUUUUUCAUUUGUUUUUUCAUUUUGUUUGUGUGUUCUGCGUGUCAUCCCAGAGCAGUUCACCUCAUGCGAGCAAGGGUUUAUUCCAACGUUGUAAUUCUGUUUGCAAUUUAAAUUGUAAGUUCAGUUGUGAGUUUCUAAACAACGAAACAAGUCCUUUUAAAGAAUUAAAAUGCCAUUUUCAGUUUCAUUUGCUGUCAAAUAUCUAAAGGCUGCUUUAUAAUUGCAUUGAAGGAUUGUAGUCUUUAAGACUUUUUUUUUUUUUUUUUUUAUACACUGCUCACAACCAGGGGAACACCUAAUCACGCAAGAUGUUAGAUGCUACUGAACGGAAUAUCCAAGUUGUAAAUAUUCGCACAUAUUAAAAGGUAGAAAUUAAGAAAAAGCCAUGAACACACAAUUGAAGCCAAAUACACUGAUUUCAAGUUAGAACAGAGAAUCAAAGUUUUUUUUUUUUUUUUUGAAUGUAUGCAGGUUGGCGGCAGUGGAAUUGCCACUAGAUACUUAAAAGGUUCAUAACUGGUUUGAGGCUUGUGGCCUCGGUCGCCUCAUGAUUAGUGAGCCGCUCAUACAGAUGGCCUCACCAGAUCAAAAUGCCACAUCAGCAAGAUGACAGAGAACCAUAAGAUCAGUGUAACAUUUGACCGACUCUUAAGUCUUCAUCCAGAGUACUGCAUAACUUCUUAUGAAGCCAAUUGAGCUGCCAGUAGUACAAUGCUCUCUUCCAGUGAUGCUUGUAAAAUUUGAAAGCUAGAAAAUAGUCAGGCGGCAUGGUUUGGACAAAAGACAAAUGGUAUGUAGUCACCGUGGUUUGUCUCGCUGUCAAGUCUCCUGUCUACAUUUUAAUUGUCCACCGAGCGCUAGUACCCUGCAGAUCAAUAGCCUUAGUUUUCAACUGUGAUGAUUAAGUGUUCCCUUUUUAAUAUUUUGGUGUUUUUUUGUCAUCACGUAUGCCCCUCUUUUGUUUUCCUUCACUUUUACCAUCUAUAAAUAAAUACAGGUACCCCUGAGACUGUACAUGAAUGUCAGAAAUUUGUAGGUUCUCCUCCGAUUGCAAUUAAUGUUCAGUGACAGUUUUUGUAUAACCCCCUCCUACCCCCUUCCCCAAUAAAACACCCAAUUGUUGGACAAUA